GCUAGGACCCUCAGCCGCCGGUCGCCGAGGGCUGGUGGGAAGGGAGGGGCGAGAGGGCCCGGGAGACUGGCGCCCGCCCGGGCGCAGCGCGGCAUGUAGCUGCGGGCGCCGGCGCGAGGGUGUCGGCCCGGGGCCCCGCCAUGGCUGGGAAGGACAGUGGGAACCUGAAGACGGUGAGGCUGUGGCGGGACGCCGCCCUGCGCGCCAGGAAGCUGCGGAGCAACCUGCGCCAGCUCACCCUCAGCGCGGCCGGGGGCUGCCCGGGGGCCGGCGCCGAGCAGCUCGACUCCCCCGACGCCCCGCAGCUCGUGCUGCCGGCCAACAUCGGGGACAUUGAGGUGCUGAACCUGGGGAACAACGGCCUGGAGGAGGUGCCCGACGGGCUGGGCUCGGCGCUGGGCAGCCUGCGCGUCCUGGUCCUGCGCAGGAACCGCUUCGCCCGGCUGCCCCCGGCCGUGGCUGAGUUGGGCCACCACCUCACCGAGCUGGACGUGAGCCACAACCGGCUGACCGCCCUGGGCGCGGAGGUGGUGAGUGCCCUGCGGGAGCUGCGCAAGCUGAACCUCAGCCACAACCAGCUGCCCGCCCUGCCGGCCCAGCUGGGGGCCCUUGCCCACCUGGAGGAGCUGGACGUCAGCUUUAACCGGCUGGCGCACCUGCCCGACUCCCUCUCCUGCCUCUUCCGCCUGCGCACCCUCGACGUGGACCACAACCAGCUCACCGCUUUCCCGCGGCAGCUGCUGCAGCUGGCGGCCCUGGAGGAGCUGGACGUGUCCAGCAACCGGCUGCGGGGCCUACCUGAGGAUAUCAGUGCCCUGCGUGCCCUCAAGAUCCUCUGGCUGAGCGGGGCCGAGCUUGGCACCCUGCCCAGCGGCUUCUGCGAGCUGGCCAGCCUGGAGAGCCUCAUGCUGGACAACAACGGGCUGCAGGCUCUGCCCGCCCAGUUCAGCCGCCUGCAGCGACUCAAAAUGCUCAACCUCUCCUCCAACCUCUUCGAGGAGUUCCCUGCCGCGUUGCUGCCCCUGGCUGGGCUGGAGGAGCUCUACCUUAGCCGCAACCAGCUCACCUCCGUGCCAUCCCUCAUCUCGGGCCUGGGCCGGCUGCUCACCCUCUGGCUGGAUAACAACCGGAUCCGCUACCUGCCCGACUCCAUUGUGGAGCUGACCGGCCUGGAGGAGCUGGUGCUGCAAGGGAACCAGAUCGCAGUGCUGCCGGACAACUUUGGCCAGCUCUCGAGGGUGGGCCUGUGGAAGAUCAAGGACAACCCGCUGAUCCAGCCCCCCUACGAGGUCUGUAUGAAGGGGAUCCCCUACAUCGCAGCCUACCAGAAGGAGCUGGCUCAUUCACAGCCGGCCGUGCAGCCCCGCCUCAAGCUGCUUCUGAUGGGCCACAAGGCUGCGGGGAAGACCCUUCUCCGCCACUGCCUCACGGAGGAGAGAGUGGACGGAAACCAAGGAGGAGGGGACAAGGAGAAGAGCUACCCGCCUGCGGCUCCUUCUGUGAGCAAAGGCAUCGAGGUGACCAGCUGGACGGCCGACGCUUCGCGGGGGCUGCGGUUCAUUGUGUACGACUUAGCCGGGGAUGAGAGUUACGAGGUGAUCCAGCCCUUCUUCCUCUCCCCAGGAGCCCUUUAUGUGCUGGUGGUGAACCUGGCCACCUACGAGCCGCCCCGCUUUCCCACCACCGUGGGCUCCUUCUUGCACCGGGUGGGGGCCCGCGUGCCUCACGCCGUGGUGUGCAUCGUGGGCACGCACGCAGACUUGUGUGGGGAGCGGGAGCUGGAGGAGAAGUGCCUGGACAUUCACCGCCAGAUCGCCCUGCAGGAGAAGCACGACGCCGAGGGGCUGAGCCGGUUGGCUCGGGUGGUGGACGAGGCCCUGGCCCGGGACUUCGAGCUGCGCUCCGCCAGCCCCCACGCAGCCUACUACGGGGUUUCCGACAAGAACCUUCGGCGGCGCAAGGCCCACUUUCAGUACCUGCUCAACCACCGGCUGCAGAUCCUCUCCCCGGUGUUGCCCGUUAGCUGCAGGGACCCUCGCCAGUUACAGCGCCUUCGGGACAAACUGCUCUCGGUCGCCGAGCACAGGGAAAUCUUCCCCAAUUUACACAGAGUGUUGCCUCGGUCCUGGCAGGUGCUGGAGGAACUGCAUUUCCAGCCGCCCCAGGCGCAACGACUGUGGCUGAGCUGGUGGGACUCCGCUCGCCUGGGCCUGCAGGCGGGGCUGACCGAGGACCGGCUGCAGAGCGCCCUUUCCUACCUGCACGAGAGCGGCAAGCUGCUCUACUUCGAGGACAGCCCAGCCCUCAAGGAGCACGUCUUCCACAACCUCACCCGCCUCAUCGACAUCCUCAAUGUCUUCUUCCAGCGGGAUCCUUCCUUGCUGCUGCACAAGCUGCUUCUGGGGACCAGCGGCGAGGGUGAGGGCGAGGGGGAAAGUUCCCCACCGGCGGCGGCGCCCACCCCGGGCCAGGAACUGCUCCGGACCACCCAGCUCCAUCACUAUGUGGAGGGCUUUCUGCUUCAUGGGCUCCUGCCAGCCCAUGUCAUUCGGUUGCUGCUGAAGCCUCAUGUCCAGGCCCAGCAGGACUUUCAGCUGCUGCUGGAGCUGCUGGAGAAGAUGGGACUCUGUUACUGCCUCAAUAAACCCAAGGGCAAGCCUUUGAAUGGGUCCACGGCCUGGUACAAGUUCCCAUGCUAUGUGCAGAAUGACGUGCCCCACGCAGAGGCCUGGAUCAACGGGACCAACCUGGCCGGACAGUCUUUUGUGGCCGAGCAGCUGCAGAUUGAAUACAGUUUUCCCUUUACCUUCCCGCCCGGGUUGUUUGCACGCUACAGCGUCCAGAUCAACAGCCACGUGGUACACAGAUCGGAUGGUAAACUUCAGAUCUUUGCAUAUAGAGGGAAGGUUCCUGUGGUGGUCAGUUACAGACCUGCCAAGGGGGUCUUGCAGCCAGACACUCUGUCCAUUGCCAGCCAUGCCUCGUUACCAAAUAUAUGGACGGCGUGGCAAGCCAUAACCCCCUUGGUAGAGGAACUGAAUGUCCUACUUCAGGAAUGGCCUGGACUGCACUACACCGUGCACAUUCUCUGUUCUAAGUGCCUUAAGAGAGGGUCGCCCAAUCCACACGCUUUCCCAGGGGAGUUGCUGAGUCAGCCCAGACCAGAAGGAGUGGCCGAGAUCAUUUGCCCGAAGAACGGCAGCGAGCGAGUGAAUGUUGCCUUGGUUUACCCACCUACACCGACUGUGAUCAGCCCCUGUUCCAAGUCAAAUCAGAGACUUGUCAUUUAACUGCCUGCCUUUGACCAUGUGUAAAAUAAUGGUGCUGCCAUGCGCUUUAUAAAGAAAAACCAUCGAUGACUGUUAUUUAACUGGAUCUUCCUUAUAAAUUCCAAGUUUUUCUAUUUCUCAUUUAAAAAUUUUUCUGUGUUUUAUUUCCCUAUGGGGAGAGACAGAGAAUAAAGAGAAGAACGUUGGUGAAAAGCACAGAAACCAAUGACUUCUAUGGCUAUGGAAUUUCCGUGGAGAAAAGAGAGCAUCAGAACUCACCUGGACCAUCAUUCGUACCGGCAAACCCUCCACACUCCCACACGCGUUCCGUGAACUUGAGUAAUAACUGUCCAGGGUGCUUGCAGAGGAGGGAGCGCACCUGGCCUGUAGAUGAGGUGGGGGAGGGGCGGGGGAGGACGGGGGUGGGGGGGGAAGAACAUGGAGCAAAUGUUUUACAACCUGAACCUCAGAACUGUGAUCCUCCAAGGAGAGCGCUACUUGAAGAAAAGAAAAAAAAAAAAAAGUCGAAUGGCUUCUCAGGGAUUUUGUUUUCUGUGCACAUAUAAGCCAUAGUUGCAGUACAGGUGGCCGUGUUUUGAGCACUCAGAUUUCAGUUCUGUUAAAUGUGAAAGAAGGAUCGACUGACCGUUCAUUGCUGUUCCGUAACUAGUGUAAAAUAUGUAUAUGUUUAUCUUUAUUUUUAUAAUAUGCAAAUACAUUUAAAUUUAUACAGUUCGAAGCUUCUAGCGUUAGUUAACACUGGGUGCAAUAUUCUGCAUGAGGACUGUGCCAAGAUGGGGCUGGUUUCUUAUUUUAGCAAAAGGCCUUUCUGUUCAUUCUUUCAUCUUUAGUCCUUCUGAGAUUUUAAAAAACCCAUCUGUCUGCCCAUGGAUUAAGUGCUGGUUCGCAGAGGUUGUGAUAAUCAGCAAGAACCUUACCUGUAUUUCAGGCAGUGUCUCCUCCCCUUCUUUUAAAUAAAGGUCCCUGCCUGCAAGCCUGUUCCUUGGGCAGGCUGGUGGGAUUCUUGUUUUUCUUUGCCCACAUUUCCAGUGGUGCUGGGCAGAAUGUUCCUUGCUCCCAGCUUCCUGUUGACAUUACGUUGUCACUAGAUGAUAUGCUAAUGGAUUCUUCAGGGGCAGAGGACAGAGGGGUCGUGGAAGCCUGGUGGUAGGAUUCUUCAGGGGAGGGGGGCAGAGGGGUCAAGGAGUCCAUGGAAAAUCUGAGUCUUUCAAUAGCUUAAGAUAAUCAGGAGUCAGUUGUGAAUGGUGCAAAGAGCUUUGCUAAUGAGUACUUCUCUCUCUCUCUCUCUCUAGAACAGAGUCUGUGAAAUUUAGCAGAGCACUUUGAAAGCCCUUCACAUCUGGCGGUCAGACCUUGAGAUAGUGAGCUCCCUAACUGGAGAGCAUAGUCCCGCAUUGGUUAUUUAUAAAUACAGAGCCUCUGAUUGGAUGGUCUGCUGCCAAGAACUAGUAAAACCAUUGUUUUAAAAUCUCCACCAAGUAAAACGUGAAAAGCAAAGCAAAUUGCUCUCGUCUACUCCUAAUUGGGGCCAAACAGUAUCUGCUGCAAUAGUAACACGUUCUUUGAAGAGUAUAAAGGACUCUGUUUACAGCUGCCUCCUCUGUGUGUUGAUGGAAAAAUGUGUAAGACAAACUGUUUCCUCACCAGUGUAAGGCAUGAAAAGUGAGUCAGCUGGUAUUAUUCUUUUACUUCUUUUAUAAAGUAUUGACUCUUGGAAUGCCACUAUACAAAGUCUCAACAUAUUUUUUAAAAGAAACAAGCAAAGCAGCUGCAUUGUGGAAAAUCUUAAGUUGAGUUUUGUAGAUUUUGUGCCCCAGGAGUUGACUUCACUAACUCCAGAACCUCAGUGAAACAAGUAUGAUUUGUCAUGAUCAUAAAAUCAAAUGGGAUCAGACUAUUUCUGCAUUUUUUGAUACUUGAAUACGACACCUCAAUCUUGAGAUUUUGUUUUCUUUUAGAACACAGUCACGAGAUUACCUGCUUAAUCCUUUGGUCACAGUUCUCUGUGUGCGUGCGUGCGUGUGUGUAAACUGAAUGGUAACAUUUAAUUGCUUUAUGGACCAUCGAAUUGUUGGGCAUAGGAGUUUUGUAAUUGGCACGAGACAGUUCCUAAACUGUCAAAUUAACUGACUUUGACCAGUCUUUUUUUGCAAGGACACUUAAGGAUGUGACUUCGGGCUAACUCCCCAGGGGACCAUAUUAAGUGAAAAAAAAAAAAAAUGCUCCUUUGGGUGACAUACCCUGCAAGGUGUUUAUCAUAAUUAUGAACAUAAAUGCCCACAUUCUUAAUAUCUGCUAUUUUUUGACAAGUGAUGUUUUGUGCUGUCAUCUGAACCCUAGAGAAGCAGUGUAAGAAGAAAUCUUGGUGUCACAUGUGUUUCGGCAAAAAGGUCGUCAUGAUUGAGGGUCAUGUGACCAAAAGAAGCUCCAGAAAAGCUUGAGAACUUGCUUCAGGGUGGGGGGGAGGGUUGGAGAUACAGAAAACACUCUGCUCUACUGGAAUUUUCAGUGCCUGUGCAGGAAAUUCCGUUUUCUCUUUCCAUACCUGGGAAGGCUCGGCCAGCCGAGGUGGACGGGCAGUUCACAAAGCACAAGGGGGAGUCUUUCCAGACCAAGUAGCCCUCGCCUGGCAAACAAACGCCCUUCAAGUCUGUUAUGGUUUCUAUUCUUGCAACCAAUGGUAUCAAAACCGCUUCCUGGAAUUGUAAAAGUGCUGCCAGAAUAAAUGUUUUUCCCCCUUCCAAGAAAAAAAAUGACAGUGCUCAUAUUUGACAUUUGUGCGUUGGACUCUUUUGAAUGAAUAAAAAGGAAAGGGUUUGGUAUAA